AUGGCAGCAAAAAACGAGAAAGGUUCUUGCUAUCUUCCAGAGGAAAUUUGGUUCCAUGCGAUUUCAUACCUUACAGCUGUUCAAGAUAUUCUCCAUCUAGGAUGUACAUGUAAAAGGCUCUACGAAUUAACAAACGAAAACAUCAUUUGGCGAAGGCGUCUUAAAGCUGACAAUCGCCAUCUGUUGCUCCUCCCUCGAACUUCUACAUCAUAUUCCGUCAAUCGUGCUUAUGUCGCUGGCAGCACUAGUGACAGCAAUGAAGUUUUAGAAGAUGAACCGGGUAUCUGGAAAAAGCUUUAUCUAAAGGCAAGUCAUGCUAUGUCAUUUGGAAAUAGGCACCACAGGGGUUUCUCAAGUCUUGCUGGAGAAAGAUUGUGUGCUGAGUUUGUGGUGAACCCCAGUGCAACUAGGGUUAAUGGCAUUCGAUUUGAUGACCAGGCCCCAGUGAAACAGAGCGUAGAAAUGUGGGUAAAGCUAAAUAAGAAGAAACCUGAUGGAAUCAUUAUAGGAUGCCAGAGCGAAUCAGUAAGGUAUAGCCCUGAGUAGCUCUGUGAUCAUCCACAUUUUCCCUAUGUUAAAUUUNCAAUGAAGUUUUAGAAGAUGAACCGGGUAUCUGGAAAAAGCUUUAUCUAAAGGCAAGUCAUGCUAUGUCAUUUGGAAAUAGGCACCACAGGGGUUUCUCAAGUCUUGCUGGAGAAAGAUUGUGUGCUGAGUUUGUGGUAAACCCCAGUGCAACUAGGGUUAAUGGCAUUCGAUUUGAUGACCGGGCCCCAGUGAAACAGAGCGUAGAAAUGUGGGUAAAGCUAAAUAAGAAGAAACCUGAUGGAAUCAUUAUAGGAUGCCAGAGCGAAUCAGUAAGGUAUAGCCCUGAGUAGCUCUGUGAUCAUCCACAUUUUCCCUAUGUUAAAUUUAAAAUAGAGCAACUACAGAAUCUGACAUCACUGAAGCGUAAGCAUAAUGUUAGUGUUUAAGUCGUGUUUUAUGACACUUCUAUACUAUUCUUGAGCAAUCCUGUAAAAAUUCAUUUAGUUUCAAUUGGUUUAGUUUCCUUAUUAAGGUACUCCUAUGAACCAUAUUCAGAAAAAAUUACCACAUAUUGGACUGAUUAUCACUACCAACCACUUGUAGAAGAAAAACAAAGAAAAGCGAGCAUGUGGACUAUAAGGUGCAACCAUACGAGUGAGAAUAAGAUUUGAGACACAAGUCUCCAAUUCAAUGAGGAGCUAUCAUUGGAAGGAGGCAAUCCCCUAUAACACUAACGAGGGUGUUUAUCUUACUUUCCAUGGAGGAAGCUUAAUGGUUGUUUGUCGAUUUGUAUCACUUAGAGAGGGGUUAUUGGGGCCUAUUGGAACCCAGAAAACUAGGAAAAAAUAAAAUCAUCCAAUUUUGUGAAAAAGAUAGGUUAGCUCUGCAAACCACACAAAAAGACCAAAAUAAUUCUUCUUUUCAAAUCCCAAUAAUUGCAUUGGUGUUGGUUGGAAACUGAAAGCUAAUGUGAAAAAAGAAUACUGCAAAAGGCUCAAAAGUGAAAAGCCAAAGUUUUUUUUUUUUGAAAAUGGGAAAAACCAAUUACAAAAAUGUCUUUUAGUUUGUCCACAAACACCAGAUCUUGAUGCCCCUCUCCUGAGUCUCCUGCAUGUGCUAAAAUUAAAAGGUUACAGUCAGAAUUAACACAAGUACAUGAAAAUUUUGCCGUUAGCUUAAAAUUGUGUGUAGUUUGGGAAGUUAAAAUCUGUUUAUUAUUAGACAAAUAUGAGCUAAUAUGCACCUGGCAAUUUUUGUUAUUUCUUUGUUGAAAACAGUUUGCUUUGUUGUAUUAUUGUUAAGCUCUAGCAGGUGGCCUCAGUAUCAUUGGCAGAUACUCCAUGUAGGCCCUGAUGGCUGCAUUAGAGGCUCCUUAGAACCUUAUAAGGUCAUGAAAGGGCCUUGCAUUAAUGAUGGACUGUGGCAUCAUGUUGCAUUAUCAGCAUCUCCUGAUCGGCAGUUCAUGUUUGUUGAUGGACAUGUUGCAUGCUCUAUAAAUGUUGGAAUUGGACGUGGACUUCACAGGUGUGUCUAUUAACAGUGUUCAUUAUUAUUAUGACUAAGCUAAGACUAAGCCAAGGUAGUUUUGCUGUGGCUAAAAAACAGUUACAAACAUUUAUAACAGUGCCUUAUUUUUUUGUCUUUACUUGGUCUUAUGGGGUUAUUUUGGGUCUUUUGACAUAUAGAGAUACUGAUUUGAGUGCGACAUUGAGGCACUUAUUCUACCUUCAUUUUCGUCAUCUUCAUCAUCAUCCAUCAUCUGCACUUCUGAAAGAAGUUAAGGUGUCCUCUAACUGCUCCCCGGUAAGCUCAGUUGCGAGAGUGCCUGACUACCGAACAGGAGGUUGUGAGUUCAAACACUGGCCGGACCAACAACCAGGGUCUUUAACAAACUGGUAAGAUCAUGGUGGCUGUGAUCUAAGAACAUGUCUCAGUUGAGAUGAUCAUGUCAUUGGGCGGUGAUAUUUAGCCAUUGGCCUUCUCUCCUUCAUCCUUUUUUCAUUGGUCAAAUUGAAAGGGAUGUAAAAGAACCCACACUACUGUUUGGAAAUAGCAGGGGAUGUAUCCCCAGUGGUGUGUUUUACCUUGCACACUUCAUUCAUAUCAUGGACAGGGUGAGUUACAGUAAGCUUAUAAAUGGACCGAUAGUGACUGCCAGUAGUGGCCUUAUAUGCUGGUAUCUGAGCGUAUGUUUAACAGGGGAUGUAAAGAGGACAAUCUGUUGUCCUCUCAUUCACAACAUUUUAGUGCUUUGCCUCAUCAUGUAAAUCCUCUUUCCUCAAGUUCUAACAUCCUUAUGUACUUUCAAGAGUUUCGAGGUCUCCCUCUAUUACACUUCCCCUGCAGUUCACAGUUAAGAGCUGUCAUGGACACUGUUCUGUCUUAUCUCCUCAGUUUGUGGCCAAUCCAUCUCCACGUUCAUCCUUUUGUCUCCUCCUCUAUCAGCUUCUGUACUGCCUGCUUCCACAGCUCUUCAUUUGGGGUUCUUCUGGGCCACCGCAUCCACAUUGUGCCCCUUACAGCACUUGUUAAUGAACACAGGCAUUUUCUGCUUCAGUUCUUUGGUAAGUCUCCAAGAGCACUGCAUUCACAUUUAACAUAGAGACUCUCAAGUUAGUGACAUGGAGCACCAUGUCGCCAUCACCCAGUUUGGUACUGACACGCAUUAGCUUUGUCUUUGUGGGAAUGAUCUUCAGGCCACCCUUCAAUGCCCGUGUCUUAUCCUUGUUACCUUUUUUCUCUCCGACAACAAGGCAAGAUAAUCAACAAAACCCAGGUCUUCUAAGGUUGCCAUGAUGGGCCAUUGGAUAGCACCCCUCCUUAGAAAGGCCAUUCUUACCCAAUCGAGAGUGGUCAGAUUGGAUGACAGCAGCCAACAUUGUCUGACCCCCGUUCUCAUGCUCAUCUCUGUAGACCUCUGAUGGACAAUAAUGCACAACAUACAUGGAAAAACGUUCAUACAGAGCUCUAAUGAUGGUGACUAUCUCGGCUUGAAUUCCUUACUGCCACGGCUUCAGAGUCACAACACCGCUCUGCUGACACUGUCAAUGGCCCUUCGAAGUCUAUUAAGUUGAUGUAUAAAGAGGACUGCCACACGAUACUUUGUUCUACAGUAAUUCUUAAAUUAUGUUGCUAUCUGGUCCAUACAGUUCUGAUCAUCUCAAGAACCCGCUUGCUGCACACUCAGCUGCUUGUCUACCUUGCUAGUUUAACAGUGGCUCAGUUCACCUUUUGUUUGGCGGAGUGAUUAACAAACCUUUCCUCCCUUCAUUCAGCGCCUUCUCCUGGUGCCAUAUCUGGUUACAAAGAUCUAAGAGAACCACUCUCCCUUUCCACUGGUUUCAUAUUGUUACAGCCUGCUGCAUUCUCGUUCUUAAGCUUCUUUAUAACAUAUUUUGAUAAAAGUGGUCUAGAAUCUUCCACUCAAACCUCCUGUUAAUCUCCGUCAAAGGCUUCACAUCACUCCUCCUUCCAUCCUCCUCAGCUUGCUCUACCUCUGACUCUACAUAUACCCUCUUGUCUUUUUUACAUUUUCUCUUUGCCUAGUUUUUGGGACUCGCUAUUCUCCUGAGUAUUUGUCUUAGCAAAUACAAUGUUUGCAGCAUUUUUUGCUUCCUUUCGGUACUCAAUCUACCAGAUCUCGUUUAUACUGACUCACUGCUUUCUGUUAGAUUGCGCAUUCCCCAGCACCUCUUCGCAUGCCUACAGGUAUCCUUUUUUGAUCUGUCUCCACUUGUCAUCCACUAAAGGUUCUUUUUCAUAAUGUUGCAGACACUCGAAUCUAUUUUGCAGCGUCAGCUUAAACGGGUCUUUUGUCUUUAAGAUGACCCUUAGCCUGGUACCCUCAGUAUCCUUCUUUAUUUUGGAAAACUUUGUCCUCACCUUUGCCAUCAAGAGGCAGUGAAAUGACCCAACAUCAACACCACACAUGACGCGAAUAUUCUGCGGUGAGCUCCAGGCCAUAUCUAGCUGAUGUUCAGUUUUACCACCUGGUGAAAUCCAUGUCCUCUUGUGACAAUUCCUUUGCCGGCACUUCGUUCCACCUGUUACUACCUCAUCAACUUGAAAAAAAUCAGCCCACCUCCCACCAUUUCCGUUCAUUUUAGCCCUUACUUCAUGUCUAACUAUCAACUUCUGUCUGCCGUUGGUGCCCACGCCAAGCUUAGCAUUCAUGUCUCCCAUUACAAUCUUAUUAUCUCUGCGUAGCCCCUGCUCAGACACUGCCUACAACACUUCAUAAAAGUCGUACUUUGCCUCCUUCGUUGCAUCGUUUGUAGGGGCAUGACACUGUUUGACCGUGACCUGCUACCACCUUGAGUUGACCUGGCUCUGAUGGUCCUCUCAGACACCAGCUCCCAUUCUAAUAUACUUUGUACAUCAUCUUUUGAAAGAACUAAACUAACUAACCCCUCUCUCAUGACAUUUACCUUUAUCCAGUCCAGAGCACAGCACAGUUUCUCCAACGGCCUUCAUCAUCUUCCCACAGGAGUUCCAUUUCACUUCACUCACCUCAGGGAUGCUGAUUGCAUGUUUCUUUAUUUCGUUAACCACCUGGACAUACUCCCCCCCACCCCCAACCCCUUCAACAUUGUCCCGAUUCGUGACGAACACGGCCUUUGGCGACAGCAAUUUCAUCGACAGUUAAGGCAUUAUUCGUCUUCCCUUCGCAUGAUGAUUGGAUCGUACGUUGUCAUCUUUUUGCUCUGCUUCCCCGUAAUAGGGCACAGUAACAGUGGGAACAAUCUGUUAGCCCACCACCUAACGCCAGCCUGAAGGAACAGGGGAUUACUCUUCAUCUGACCUCUACUCUUCGACUGUUCAGCAUUGAAGUAAAAUACUCCAGCUGACAAAGCUGUCAGGGUCGUUCAUCCACACAAACUAUCUCACCAGGGUAGUGAAAUGAUCCCAUGUCGAUAAACUUCACCGUUAUUAUGUUUGAUUAAGUUUACUUAGCAGACUAAUCCAACAACAUUUAGCACAGGAAAAAAGAGGAUGGGCAUGUGGCAAAUACUAAACUAUUAGUGUUUUGCCCAGUCCAUACUUUGCUCCUGGAGAAACUUUCGUAUACGAAGCAUCAGUACGAAAGAGGGAGCAAAAGAGUUUGAGGGAAUGUUUUUAUGGGACUAGGCGGUUUGCGGUUUUUAUAAAUUUGAUUGCGGCAUUGUUUGGUUUUCAGUUAAAGUAAGUGCGGGCCUCCAAGUAGUUUAGUCUGGGGUAGGGUAUUAUAAUCAGAGUUGGGGACUUUGUUUUUUCAUUUCCUGCGAAGCGUAUCAGGGAUACUUGGUCUAGAAGUAGAAAUUAACUGAAGUCCACCCAUUUGUCUCUCAGAUAUUACAUGAAGCACAGUCAGAUUGGUAAUGGAGUUAUCAGCAAUGGGGUAUGCACACCUUGGGGAGAUGAUGCCAUGCCUCAUGGGCAUUGUGGAUGGUAUCCCUUUCAUGGCCUGGUAAGAUUUAUAUUGUCCAGCCAUUUGUGAGUGCCACCUUAAACGAAAGCUAUGGUAUUCAGUUGUGAGAGUCGGUCAUUUUCAAAUGGUGAAACCACACAGGGCUUUUGCUUUUAAUUAAGUAAAGGUAAUAGAACUUUUUGUGUCUUUGUAUGGAGAGCCCCAGUCUGCACAAAAUGUUGACAAAAUAACCUUUAGCAUUAUUAUGGCCUAAAUCUGAUAACAGAGAGGGAAAAUGCAUUUGUCAUGUUUUCAUGUUGAUUUGGUCACCAAUUUAUUACUAUUAGCAAUAACUUUAAGACCGUGCGUUUGGUUUUUAAAAUCUAGGUAAGGGAAGUCCGCAUCUGGUCAUGCGCGUUGACCCAAUCUGAAGUGCGUCAAAACAUGUAUUUACAGAGAAUUGACCUCGCUCAACAAAUUGACAAGAGUACGCUGAUCGGUUAUUGGCCAAUGAACAGACUCAUGUCGGGCCCAUGGCCCUGGCAAGGGUCAUUAGUAUCGUGUACCUCGCACUUAGAGGAACACAGAGAGAACAGUGUACAUUUAAGGAUUGUGUUCUCCAGUUUACCCUGACUGUGUCAUCCGCAGCUAAGGGUGUCCUAGCGUAGCUCAGACUGUGUGGUGCGUACUCACACCAUGAGUGUGUUCAAAUACGGAGGCGUUUUUCGGCUGUCANGGCCUGGUAAGAUUUAUAUUGUCCAGCCAUUUGUGAGUGCCACCUUAAACGAAAGCUAUGGUAUUCAGUUGUGAGAGUCGGUCAUUUUCAAAUGGUGAAACCACACAGGGCUUUUGCUUUUAAUUAAGUAAAGGUAAUAGAACUUUUUGUGUCUUUGUAUGGAGAGCCCCAGUCUGCACAAAAUGUUGACAAAAUAACCUUUAGCAUUAUUAUGGCCUAAAUCUGAUAACAGAGAGGGAAAAUGCAUUUGUCAUGUUUUCAUGUUGAUUUGGUCACCAAUUUAUUACUAUUAGCAAUAACUUUAAGACCGUGCGUUUGGUUUUUAAAAUCUAGGUAAGGGAAGUCCGCAUCUGGUCAUGCGCGUUGACCCAAUCUGAAGUGCGUCAAAACAUGUAUUUACAGAGAAUUGACCUCGCUCAACAAAUUGACAAGAGUACGCUGAUCGGUUAUUGGCCAAUGAACAGACUCAUGUCGGGCCCAUGGCCCUGGCAAGGGUCAUUAGUAUCGUGUACCUCGCACUUAGAGGAACACAGAGAGAACAGUGUACAUUUAAGGAUUGUGUUCUCCAGUUUACCCUGA